GGGUGGCAAGAGAUGAAACUGGACUCCCUAGGGUUUGCUGACAGAUCUGAGUGGCAUUCCAAGGCGGCAGGGGAAGACCACUCUCUGGAAGAGGUCUCUGUGGGUCUUCCCCCUGUGGAAGAAGGCGACAGAAAAGUGACCCUCAUCAUGGAGUUGUCAAGCCUGAUUUCCCUUCACAUGGACAGGAUCGGUCAGCUGGAGGACAUCCUGGAGGAAAAAGACAGGAAAAUUCAACAGCUGGAGGCGGAGCGGGAGCCCCCUGCCUCUGGAGACUUGCAGGACCCCCCAGAAUGUUAGAAGAAACCCCAAUAUUCUUUUGUGGUGGCAUCACUAUUGUGGUCUCUAAUAAGGAUUUGUGAAGGUUCCCAGUUAGAAAACAAUAAAGGAUUUUUUAAAAACUGUCAUUGAGGUAGAAUCCAGAAACCAAGUAAGCCUCCUCAUUAGGAAACUCAAGUUCACAGGUCUGAAUGCAUCCUUUAAAGUUGGCGCUGGAAGGAACCAAAACAAAGGGAAGCUUUCAGAAGCCAACAUUGAAUAUUGCCCAUUUAGCCAGCAGUAGUCACAGACCCUCACCGCUGUAGCUUGCGAUGUUUUUAGACAUUACUGGUAACAUGGGAGAGGAAAGAACAUAAAGUUGGACAGAUAUGAAAGAACUUAGCAUCAUCUCUUCCCAGGGGUUUGUCCUGCUGCCUGGGAUGGGUGGCACCGACUCCAUCUCUUUGUGCAGCUCUGCUGUGAACAGACAGCUGUCGUGGAGGGCCAUCAUCAGACCCGGGAGUGGAAUUCCAAGAGCAGAAUCAUCGGGCAGCCGAGUAAAUAGCCAUGUGGUGCAUCGUUUCAUGUCCUUGUGGAGUUUGUUUCUUUAUGGCGUGCAUUUCAUUAACGUUAGCAAGGGUGGAAAUGAAAUAAAGCUGAAGCAAUAAAAAAAAAAAAAAAAAAAGAAUGGAUGAAUCAGAGCUUGUAGUCCUUUGGGAAAAGUGUCCUAGGACAGCAUCUCCCUGGGAAAAGACACAACACUGGGUUUUCCCUCAGGAGAAGAGCAAGACCAAAACAAAACAGGCUCUUCUGUUAUGAUUGUACCACGGGGCAGUAAACAGCACAAAAUAAUGGCAGGAAGAGAGGAGCUCAGGCAAAGGAAAGUGACCCUGUAAUUAAUGGAAUAGUGGGAAUCACAUAUUCCUCUCCCACCCAUCCCCCUCAAGGCCACUGUUCCCACUGAGAGGGAACUGCUGGACACACACUGUGACCAAGACCUUGGUUCUUCGUUCUCUCUGUUAUGAUACAGCAUGACUUGGGCCAGUAGCUCCAGCUCCCUCGUCAGAGCAUUGGUAGAGCCCUUCUCAGCUUAAUUCAACCCAUUGAACAGAUGCUCAUCCAAACCCUUAUGUCUGCCAGGCAUGACAAUGGGUGUGAGAAAUCGCAAACACGAGGAUCACAACUUCUGCCAUCCAGGAGGUCACAGACACUUUAAAAGGAAGGCUGACCGUACCGCCAGGUGGACAUGGAAGAGGCAGGAAGAGGGAGCUGGGCCCUCAUCUGGGGUGGAACUGAGCUGC